AUAAAGGAAGGGCCAGCACAUUUCACAAAUCUACAACCUGUAAGUAUCACAUCCUGUAUAGCUGCGAACACUGGAAUAAGGAAGGGCGGAUGACUUUCAGAAGACGAAGGUAUGUAGAAACGAUUGGUGGGACUGUCUAAGAACCCAGACACUGUCCAGCUCCCUGCUGGGAGCUUCUGAGGACUCAGCUGGAACCAACGGGCACAGUUGGCAGUAUCGUCAUGACGUCACAACCUGUUCCCGAUGAGACCAUCAUAGUGUCCCCAUCAAACGUCAACAGCUUCUCCCAAGCAGAGAAACCUGAACCCACCAACCAGGGGCAGGAUAGCCUGAAGAAGCGUCUACAGGCAAAAGUCAAAGUUAUUGGGAUUAUCCAGAUCUUGUGUGGUAUGAAGGUGUUAAGCUUGGGAAUCAUUUUGGCAUCUGUUUCCUUCUCUCCAAAUUUUACGCAAGUGAUUUCUACGCUGCUGAAGUCUGCUUACCCAUUCAUAGGACCCUUGUGGUUUGUCAUCUCUGGCAUUCUAUCAAUUGUCACAGAGAAAAGGUUAACCAAGUUUUUGGUGCACAGCAGCCUGGCUGGAAGCAUUCUGAGCACUCUGUCUGCUCUGGUGGAUUUCAGUAUCCUGUCUGUCAACCUGGCUGCAUUAAAUCCUGCCUCACUGCAGUGUGAGUUGGACAAAAAGAAUGUACCAAAUAUACCAAGCAGAUGUUUUCUUUAUUAUGAUUAUGAAUCACCUUAUACCAUGGACUGCUGCUAUAGAGACAAAGCCAGUCUGGCUGGAACUCUGUCUCUGAUGUUGAUUUGUACUGCAGUGGAGUUCUGCCUGGCUGUGCUCACUGCUGUGCUGCGGUGGAUACAGACUCAGUCUGACUUCCCCGGGAGUGUGCUUUUCCUGCCUCACAGUUACAUUGAUAAAUCGGCGUGUCCUCAAAGAUGACUCAUGACCCUGGAU